AUGAACAAUAACAAACGGUCCAAAUUAUCCACGGUGCCAUCGAGUAGACCGAUCCGUGUUGGUUUCGUUGGGUUAACCAGUGGUAAAAGUUGGGUUGCCAAGACGCAUUUCUUAGCCAUACAGCAGCUCAGUUCACAGUUCCAGAUAGUGGCCUUGUACAACCCUACUUUGAAAUCGAGUCUUCAGACCAUUGAACAGUUGCAAUUGAAACAUGCUACAGGGUUUGAUUCGUUGGAAUCUUUUGCUCAGUAUAAAGAUAUCGAUAUGAUCGUUGUUAGUGUAAAAGUGCCAGAGCAUUACGAGGUGGUCAAGAAUAUAUUGGAACAUUCGUCCCAGAACCUGAAUCUAAGGUAUUUGUACGUGGAAUGGGCUCUUGCUGCAAGCGUACAACAGGCAGAAGAGUUGUAUUCGAUAUCUCAGCAGCGUGCCAAUUUACAAACGAUCAUAUGUCUCCAAGGACGUAAAUCGCCAUACAUCGUUCGGGCCAAAGAGUUAAUCAGCGAAGGUUGUAUCGGAGACAUCAAUUCCAUCGAGAUAUCGGGCAACGGUGGUUGGUAUGGGUAUGAACGUCCAAUGAGAUCGCCGGAGUAUUUGUACGACAUCGAGAGCGGUGUGAAUUUGAUAUCGAAUUCGUUCGGACACACGAUCGAUGUAUUACAGUACAUCACAGGGUCGUAUUUCCAAAAGAUCAAUGCGAUGAUCUCAAACAAUAUCCCAACUCAGUUCCUAUUGGAUGAGAAUGGGAAACGGACCAAGGAAACAAUUUCAAAGACGUGCCCAGACCAUCUUUUAUUCCAGGGAAUAUUGGAAAAUGGGAAGGUACCCGUAUCUUGCAGCUUUAAAGGUGGUACUCCAGUGAAGAAAUUGACCAAGAACCUGGUAAUAGAUAUACACGGUACUAAAGGUGACUUGAAGAUCGAGGGUGAUGCAGGUUUUGUGGAGAUAUCGAACCUUGUGCUCUAUUUCUACGGUAUCAAGAAUGGGAACGGUAGCAGCAAUGGAACUGACAACAAUGGAGCUGCUGCCAUAAAAGACAAGGAAAAAGUAACUAAAUCACCUUCUCCAAGUACAGGUACUUCGGAAGAGGAACAAACCAUGGAAGUGUUUCAUCUAAGGAACUAUAAUAGCGUUGUUGGAAACAUACUACGAAUCUACGAAUCCAUUGCCGAUUACCAUUUCCUUGGGAAACCUGAGUCCAAAUCAUCACGCGGUCCCGAUGACUUGUUCGCAAGCACGAAAUUUGAUAAGCAAGGGUUCAGAUUCGAAGGAUUCCCCACAUUCAAAGAUGCCAUCAUAUUGCACCGGCUAAUAGAUGCGGUGUUCAGAAGCGACAAAGAGGAAAAGACUCUUGACGUGUCGAAAAUAAUGAUAUAA